AUGGCGGACGCAAAAAGCGCAUCAACAUCGCCUCAUAGUGACAACGGCAGUCGACGCGGAUCCAGCAACAGUUUGACGAAGAGCAAGAGCUCGAGUGAGGUGAAAGAGCUAAGCAAGCAGAAGUAUGACUCACCGUUUGACGCGAGUCUCGUUAUGGCUCGGAAACGCUCGCAGCAGGAGAGACUGUGGGAGAUUUUCACGGCGUAUGCGCUGCAGAUCUCGAGCGAAGAUCCCACACGCAUCCGCGUCGUAAACGUCGUGAAGCUGCUGCAGGACUGUGGAAUUAUCGACGGGAGCAACACAGAAGAGGCCAAGAUGAUUGAAAAAGAAGUUGCCAUCGUGUGCGAGGCCUUUCUCAAAACCCACCCCACCGACCGUGACAGCACUAAGAAGCUCGACUUUACCGCGUUUUCAGCGUUGCUUUUGCACUUCGCGAAAAUGUCAGGAGAUAAGGAUCCGAGCCGAGCAUAUGACUCCCUCGUCCGCACGUGUCUGGAAAAACAACAGAAGUCGAGAAACCGUGUGGUGGUCGCUCAAGAGCUACAGGAGUGCAAGAAGGUGCUCGCAGCUUUUGAAGACCCCCUCACCAAGAUCUUCAUGUUUUACGCCGCUCAAAGCCAUAGCAAGCUUGAAAUAAUCGACCCGAAAAUGGCUCAAUAUUGCCCACCCCAUCUGAGCUACGCCGAAGCUGUCGCUUUUGGCCGCAAGUAUGGCAUCAUUUCUCACGGGGUCCUAACAACAACCGAGUUCGCCACUAUGUAUAUUGAUAGUCUCCCAAAAGCCCCGGCCACAGAGUACGACCGGGUUCUGACACAGAAGUCUGAAGUACGAUUGCACAAUUCAGUUGGAUUCUUUUCCUUCACAAAGCUCACACUGCCUGUCACUUGA